CAGGUGGUCAUAAAAAAUAAUACAAUUGUAGCCUGCUGCAUUCUGAAAUGACCAAAGAAAAUACAUCUUGUUUGCAAUCAUUUAUCAAAGAGUGUUAUGAAAACAACAACACCAGGGUACUGAACUUAAAUAUACAUCAUAUCUAACUAUACUGUUUUACAUUAUCUGGUGAAACGUGUCGGUGAAAUUACCAGGAUGGAGCUGUAGUUGUCAACGCUGCUUACCCACGGAACCAGGAAGAGAUUCCGGCACAAGCACAGUGCCGUUUAUAGGUUUGCAAAGAUUCAGACAGUUCGGGGAUUGAAGUAAGGCCUAGUAUAAACAGAGUAAGUGGUCAUGGCUGAUGACCCACAGAGAAACUUCCGUUCCAUCUAUUACGAAAAGGUGGGCUUUCGUGGAGUGGAGGAGAAGAAAUCCCUUGAAAUUUUACUAAAGGAUGUUCCAUUAGAUGUUGAAAAGCUUUGCACGUUCAGUCAGAGAUUUCCUCUUCCUUCGAUGUAUCGCAUUCUUGUGUGGAAGGUGAUCCUUGGGAUCCUUCCUCCUCACAGUGAGUCCCAUUGCCUUGUAAUGAGCUUCAGAGAGGAGCAGUACCAGGAUGUGCUCCAUGCCCUCCAAGUCAUGCGUUUUGUUCAAGACACCACACCCCAGGUGGAGGUGUUCCUCCGGAUGUAUCAGCUGGAGUCUGGAAAGCUUCCUCGGCGAACAGGAACAAAUCAGCUGGAGCCAGAAGAUGAAGAGUUCCUCGCCAUUGCAAAAGCCAUGGAAGAGAUUGUGGAAGGAGCUCUUGACUGUUACUGGCUGAUAAAGUGCUUUGUGAAUCAGUUCAAUACCAAGUACGGGGAUUCUGUGCCUCACCUGCCCAAGAGUCUAGAACACUACCUAAACCUUGAAGACAGCAGACUUUUGAACCACCUCAAGUCUUGCAACGCAAUGAGUAAACUUCCCUAUAACCUUUGGUUUAAAAAAUGUUUUUCUGGAUGUUUACCUGAAUCAAGUUUGCAAAGAGUUUGGGAUAAAGUUAUUAGUGGCUCCUGCAAGAUUCUUGUGUUUGUCGCCAUGGAGAUUUUAUUAACUUAUAAAAUCAUGCUUAUGGGAUUGAAUAAAGCUGAGAGCAUUGCACAGUUUUUGGAAAAGAUGCCUCAAGAGAACACAGAUGCCAUUGUCAGCAAAGCCAUUGAUCUAUGGCAUAAACACUGCGGGACCCCAAUGCACUCUGUGUAGCACUGGCACCAGGCACAGACAGUCACUUAACUGAGAGAAACGAACUGUAAAUAUUGAAGCUUGUUUCUGUGUUGUAAAUAACAAAAAUAAAAAAAAUGCUUUAAAUAAUCUGCUGUACAUCUGUUACAACACUAUUUGCAAACUAUAUUAUUCUUGCUAUAUUAGAUGCAGUCAUAUUUUCUGCCAUUUUAAAACCCUUUCUACAAAAUGGAGAAAGCUCCAUAGGAACCAGAGCUGUCAAAUCAACAUGUACAGUGUACCAGCUGUGCAUACUACAUGUUCGGUUGAUAUGUUUUACAUUUUAAAACAUUAGUUUUCUGCCCCUUUUUAAUCACUGUAGAUUUACUUUUAUGCAUACAUGUUCAUUAAAUAAUAAAUCAUUUGUUCACACCAUUCAGUGAUGUAUAUUCCAACAAACAAUUGUGUGUACAAGAUAUGACCCCUUAUUCAGCAUACAUAACCAAAUUAUAUACCCCAUAUACCAGCUGUCUUUUGCUUGUCAGGAAUACUUUUUUUUGUAUUUUCAAGAAGUGUGAAUUGUGCAUUUUAAUUGAUGUGCAAUUCUAAAUUGUCAUCCACAUGCACCACUUAAAUAGCCUUGGUAAAACAAUCUUAACAAGUGAUAAAAUAAAUAAAGAAAUACUGGCAUUUCCUU